CAGCCGAUCCAGAUAUAACAUUGGAUAUGUGGCGUCAUAACCUUGCAAUGCAAUAUAUUUAAUUCCUGGUUGUCACGGCAAAGCAUAGUGUGAACGCGAUAUCGGAAUAGGUGACAAUUUCUCAUGGGGCGAAUUUAUACUUCAGUGAUCGUGAUUUUUAUUUAUUACAAGUGAAAUACAACCUAGUUUAAAUGUAUUUUCGGGCACGAACUAACAUUUUGCACGUAUAUAUAAAAGUAUGCGCCUAGCAUGGAUGACUCGUGCAGUAUAACUGAUGAUCAUCUCAAUGCCAAGAGAAUAGAUAUAUAUCCCUGUGAUCACCUCUUUCCGGCAUUUUUGCGUAUUAUUGUUUCCAAUAAAGUGCAGUUUCUUAACUUUUUUUAGAUUGAUGCAGAGCACUGUAAAUUUGUUUCCGGAAAGGUUUUUGCUUGAGAAAAGAAAAUCCGUUAAAGACAUCAACGGCGCUCAAAGGUACUACUGCAUUGUGAUGCGGCAUUCUGAAAUGAUACAAACUAUGCACAUUUUGUUGAUUAAGAAGAGGAGUUCACGACUCGAGAUCAGUGCACGCUGCCAACCAACCAGCACGCGCCCCUUCGCACGUCACGACUCCGCUGACCAGUGAGCUCGCGCUUUGCGCUACAUAAGCCGCCUUCUCCCCGCCUGUGAGAAUAUCUUUGCUCUCACCAAGCCAUGGCUCGCACCAAGCAGACGGCUCGUAAGUCCACGGGCGGCAAGGCUCCACGCAAGCAGCUCGCCACAAAGGCAGCCCGAAAGAGCGCUCCGGCCACGGGCGGCGUCAAGAAGCCUCACCGCUACAGCCCCGGCACCGUCGCUUUGCGCGAGAUCCGCCGCUACCAGAAGUCCACCGAGUUGCUCAUCCGCAAACUGCCCUUCCAGCGCCUCGUCAGGGAGAUCGCGCAGGACUUCAAGACCGACCUGCGCUUCCAGAGCUCCGCUGUCAUGGCUCUGCAGGAGGCCAGCGAAGAGUACCUUGUUGCGCUCUUCGAGGACACCAACCUGUGCGCCAUCCACGCCAAGCGCGUCACCAUCAUGCCCAAGGACAUUCAGCUCGCCCGCCGCAUUCGUGGCUGAGCGCGCUUGAUCGCCCAGCUCGGCCCUCAAAGCACAACACAAAGGCUCUUUUCAGAGCCACCACUUUCGCAUGAAUAAGCUAACUUGUGUCCUUUAAAGUCCGCAUGCCUGUUACGGCGACCUUCGUUUGCCAGUCACGGCUAUCACGAGUCGCAAGGCUUAAGCGACCAAGUUCAUUUUCUAUACCCCUCUGCUCAUAUUUUGCAAUAUCACAAGUCGUGUUGUAUUUAAGCGUUGUGAAACCAUGUCUACAUAAUGUACAGUAAACGGCUAAUUUCGGUGAAAUACGUGAACUAUUAAACGCUGUUUAAAGCUCAA